AUGGCGGUAGCGCUACACGAAGACCAUCCGAAGUGCGGGAGGUGGCGGUUAUUGCAGGGAGUCAAAAAGGUCAGUGGCUACGGCACAGGGGUUCCCAGCAAGAGUGCAAGGGUUGGUGGUGAUUGUGUGGCGAGGGGUGUGUCCUGUGUUGGCGUAGAGGAGGCUUUCUUGCGGGAGCAGCACCAGCUGUAUGGCAUUGUCGCGAACUCCGGAGAAUGCGGCAUCCCCGCGCUGCUGCAUUCUCCGGACUUCCUGCUCAAGAAUACGGCAGCCAUUGAAGCCAACAGCGGGGAUUAUACAUCUUGGUACUUAAGGCGCCGUUAUUUCUCUCUAAAUCCAGAGGCUUUGGAUGAGGAAGAACUGCGGUACUGCCGUGAAGUAUGCCUCGCGAGCAUAAAGAAUUACCAGGCCUGGUUUCAUCGCCGCUGGCUUCUACAGCGCUUGCCGCCGUCUUGCUUUUCCAUAGAAGAAGAGCUGGACAGCCUCAAGGAAGCCUCAUCGCUGGAUCUUAAGAACUACAGUUGCUGGGCGCACAGGCGUUAUGCGCGCGUAUUUGAGGCGCAGCCGUCGAACGAAAGUCUUGUGCGCUUCCUCCUCGGUUGCUUGAAGGCAGCAGCAGCAGUGCAGGAGCAGCACGGUUUAUCUCAGCCGGAGUUUCAGGAGGCUGUAGACACGUUGCUAAACGUGGCAGCGCGCGUCGCUACAGUCGCAGAAGGAGGUGAACGGUUUGCCCUUGAGGUCGGGGUGGCAGCCGACUGUCUACGCCACAACUAUAGGGCGGCACAAGCAAAAUGUAUGCGCCUCAAGACGACUGACCCCAUACGGCGCUUUUACUGGGCCUGGAGGGCCAUGCUUCUUGGCAAGAAGGACCUCGCCUUGCAAAUUCUGUGCCAAGUUACACGUCUCUGCAGAGCUCUCCCCACUGCGGUAGCAGCCGUACUAGCGCAGCCCCCUUUCGAGGCGGCCACGGGGAAGAGUGCCAAUCGCCUCGCACUACGAAAGCCUAGGAAGUGGGCAGAAGCGAGGUCAAAACACUUGGCAAGCUGGAAGCGGGCCGGCCCCUACAGCGCGCCCAACAUUCAGUACCACCCAAACGCUAGACUAUGUGCCACACAAAAAGCUCGGCCGCAGCCAGAGGAGGUGCAAUACUUGGUAGAGUCGUGUGAAAUGAGUGUGAAGGUGACUCUAGCAGAGGGCAGCUGUUCGCGUCGUGUAGACAGCGCCCGAGCCGCCGGUUAUGGCGCUGUCAGUGCAGCAGCUGUUACCGAGUACAAAAGACGCCACCUCGUCAAGUGUCUCCCGUGA